AACAAUCACCAACUCCUCAAGUCACUCCUCGACACAAUGGCUCGUCUUUCGCUACUCUUUUCACUCUUUGUGAGCUUCUUCGCUGUGCUCAUCAUACCUCAGGCUUAUGCCCAAGACGCCCCUCUGUUUGUUCAGGGAGGGUUUGAAGAUGCUACCGCAACUGACGAUACCUACAACUCUGGAGGCACAAUCAAUGUGAAUGGAUUCAGCAUUCAGGUUCCCAAGAAUAUGCUGGUUCAGUUUCCAGCUGCUUGGGUUCCAUUCAAAGAUUUCGUCGCAGACAAAGAUUCGAUGUUGGGUUAUGAGAUCAAUGUCAUUGGAAACUUCAUCAACGGCCGUCCAAUCGCUGGCCAGAUCAUUACUUACCAGUUCUUCGAAGGUUUGAGCAGUGGAUUCAUUGAAUCGAUUGACUUCGCCGAUGGCAGCAUGCAGAUAGCAUCUGGCCCCAAGCUCCGCAUCAGUGACCCCAACGCUGUCUUCUCUGUUGGCUACUCUGAGGCUCCCUUCUUCACCGCAGAUGACGAGAGUCCUUCCAUCUCUUCAUUUUCUGGGUUCCCCAUGUGUAUCCCACGUGGCGCGACCGAUCCUUUGUGCCCCUCCACCAACCGUCCUUUCCAAGGCUCUGGAACAUUUUCUGUGCCCGACCCGCUCGUUAUGGCUCCAUUUUUGCCGGGCGAUUUUGUCACUUUUGCCGGGAUCCGUCGCAACAACGAAGUCAUUGCCUUUAGCAUUGUUGCGCAGAAUGUCAUGAUCACUACCCUGGGCGAUCUUAUCUACCUUCGCAUGGAACUAGGGUUACUCGGAAUUGAUAACCUGAUUACCAACAAUGCCGAACUCGCGGAGUCCCGUUUCAUUGGCUUUGCUUCCAACCCGAGAACAACCGUUGCUCUUUACGCCAUGGACAUUGAUCCGUGCACGGGAGAAGUUACCGACCGAAUCAUCGCUGCUCUUGGUCUCCGGGGUGGACGAAACGAACAAAACAAGUUUGAAUACCGUGCAGAUAUGUUUUCCGGAUACGCUCGGGAUUACCGUGCGGUUGCCGAAAUCGAUGGCGUGCCCAAGACGCGAACCACGAAGAAUGGCUUGUUGAUGGGCACUUAUGUGCAGCCAGUCAAUGUGUGGGUUCACGGAGAGCAAAACAUCCCUGGAACACCACCACCUCCCCAUGACUUCAGCCAAAUGCCAUGGAUCACCAAAGGAGUGGGUGUUGACGAAAACGGCAACCUUUGGGGUCCUCUGGAACCUUUCCCCCAAUCUGGCGUCUUCAUUGAACCCCCAGUCUGUGGUCCCGUAUCACAGAUUCAGUUCAAGGGUGAUGACUUGAACACCACCUGGGUGCCAUCCGCUCUUUUGUUGAACGGCACUCUGCCAUCCAAUUCGACCACUGCCCCAACUAUCUCCGAAGUCCCAACGACCUUGGCCACUGGGGUGACACCUCGAUUGCAAAGUCGAACGAAACCGCUGUGAA